AUGCAGGGGGUACCAGAGGAGGAUGAGGAUGGCUGUACUAUGGUUAGUGCGACAACAUGGUUCGGAGACAUCGGACUCUGCAUUACCGACUUUACAAGAGAGCUUAUUGCCACUUUGAACGCUCAAGGAGCGCCGAGCGUUGUAGUUGUUCUGCAGAAUCUUGAUACGUUCACCGAGAAACAACGUCAAAAAGUUUUAAAAGUACACCAGCGCUACUUUCUAUCUGUACUACCAGACACUACAAAGGUAUUUUCUGUUACUGAGGAUCAGGAUUAUGACGCUGUGCUUCGCCAUCUUCAGGUUUCCAAAAUGAGGUCGUUACUCUGGCGUGAGCAACAUCCUUAUUUCGUGGUGGAGGCAGGUAGCUAUUCUGAGGAUACCCAAAAACUGACUAUCGCCGGCUAUCUGCGAGGAAUGCCUCUUUCUGCGAAACAGCUGAUUCACCUCACAAAUCACGGUACAUAUCAAAUUGAAAGCAUUUCCUUAAAUGACCCGAAGUGUGAAGAUCCUCAAUUUAUUGAUGUCUCCGAAAUUGGGCAACGGGAAUCGUUGGAACAUGUACAGGCAAACGCUACUCUUGAGAAUGCUGAAGGCCCCACGGAGGAUGAUGUGGCUUACCAUGAGUCCUUAAGGGCGAAGAAGAUAAAGGUUCCAGAGGGAGUGUCAGAAUAUCAAGCAGCGUGGUAUGAUCUUGAGGAGAAUCAAAUGAUAGAGGAAAAAGUAGCACCGGAAGAACCAGUAAUUGAGGAUGAUGCAUUUGCUGGUGCAGAGUUCUUGUCACACCGGACUUCAAAAACAGAUGUGGACUUCCUCAAAGUGGAGGAUAUUAUUCGUUUGGAACGUAUGACAGAUGAAGAGCGAGCUGCAGAAAUUCAACGCCUGAGAGAAGAAAGCGAAGAUGAAGCGUGGAAUCCAGAUGUGGUAGAAACUCCUCUAAAUUUACCGGCUAGACAAAGGUUUGUCAAAUACAGAGGCUUGAAAAGCUUUCAAACAGGUAAAUGGGACCAUGCAGAGAAUCUUCCCCCACACUACGCUUAUAUAUACAAACUACAGGGUGUCACACGAAUUCGCGAAGCGGCUCUAAAGAAAUGCGCUGAAGGACCUGUAGAAGCUGAUCAGUUUGUGUAUGUUACCCUGGUGGAGGUUCCAAGCGAUGUAUGGCAUAGUUGUACCACAAGUGGUUUCCUAAUUGCUUCUGGACAGUUGGAACACGAGCAAAAAUGGUCAGUACUACACUUCCAGGUUCAAAGGACUUCAGAAUGGGAUGAACCUAUCAAAUCAAAGGUACCUAUGCUGGCGCAUAUAGGUUUCCGAAAGUUCUACGUCUCUCCAUUAUUUAGUGAUAUAACUUCAUCGGACCGCACAAAGUUUGCUCGUUUUUUCCAACCUUCCGAGACAUUUCGCAUGGCCACUUUUUUUGGCCCUACCUCUUAUCAGCCGUGCCCAAUACUUUUGUUCGAAGUCCCGUCUUUGGAGGAGCAAGAAGAUGGUAAUGCUUUGCGACUGGCUUGCUUUGGAGCGGCAUUGCCUCCAAAUCCAGAUCUUUUGAUUUUGAAGCGAGCAGUUCUGACGGGUCGUGUGGCGACUAUUCACAAAAAGCAGAUUGUAGUGAAGUACAUGUUUUUCAAUGAUGAAGAUGUGCGUUGGUUUCAGCCCGUUGAUUUACGUACUCGGAUGGGAAGACGUGGAAAAAUAACCAAGGCUGUGGGAACCCAUGGAUUAUUCAAGGCAUCCCUUAAUGAUCAGGUGAUGCAGCAUGAUGUCGUUUGCAUGGAUCUUUAUAAGCGUGUGUUUCCAAAGUGGACGACUCUGCCGUUCAGCAUCUCUGAUAUGCCAGAAUACUCGGAUAAGGAAGACUGA